UGCCUUUGUUGGCCUGGGCUCAGGAAUCCAGAGAAACUGGUCAGGAGGAGGUCCCAGUGACGAAAACCCCUCCCUCUGCCCCCGCCCCUCUGCCAGAGCCAUAUAACUGCUCAACCUGUCCUGAGAGAGAGAGUGCCCUGGCAGCUGUCGGCUGGAAGGAACUGGUCUGCUCACACUCGCUGGCUUGUGCAUCAGGACUGGCUUUUUCUCCUGACUCACAGCGCAAAGGAGCUCUCUGUGAACGUUAAGUCCGUCCCCAGCGCUUGGAAUCCUACGGCCUCCACAGCCGGAUCCCCUCAGCCUUCCAGGUCCUCAACCUCCGCGGACGCUGAGCGAUGGCCUCCAUGGGGCUACAGGUGACGGGCAUCGCGCUGGCCGUCCUGGGCUGGCUGGCCGUCAUGCUGUGCUGCGCGCUGCCCAUGUGGCGCGUGACGGCCUUCAUUGGCAGCAACAUCGUCACCUCGCAGACCAUCUGGGAGGGCCUGUGGAUGAACUGCGUGGUGCAGAGCACCGGCCAGAUGCAGUGCAAGGUGUAUGACUCGCUGCUGGCGCUGCCGCAGGACCUGCAGGCGGCCCGCGCCCUCGUCAUCAUCAGCAUCAUCGUGGCCGCUCUGGGCGUGCUGCUGUCCGUGGUGGGGGGCAAGUGUACCAACUGCCUGGAGGAUGAGAGUGCCAAGGCCAAGACCAUGAUCGUGGCAGGUGUGGUGUUCCUGUUGGCCGGCCUGCUGGUGAUAGUGCCCGUGUCCUGGACGGCCCACAACAUCAUCCAAGACUUCUACAACCCGCUGGUGGCCUCCGGGCAGAAGCGGGAGAUGGGUGCCUCGCUCUACGUCGGCUGGGCUGCCUCCGGCCUGCUGCUACUUGGUGGGGGGCUGCUUUGCUGCAACUGCCCACCCCGCACAGACAAGCCUUACUCUGCCAAGUAUUCUGCCGCCCGCUCUGCUGCUGCCAGCAACUACGUGUAAGGUGCCACGGCUCCACUCUGUCCCUCUCUGCUUUGUUCUUCCCUGGACUGAGCUCAGCACAGGCUGUGACCCCAGGAGGGCCCUGCCACGGGCCCCUGGCUGCUGGGGACUGGGGACUGGGCAGAGACUGAGCCAGGCAGGAAGGCAGCAGCCUUCAGCCUCUCUGGCCCGUUCGGACACCUUCCCAGGGCCGCCUCCUACUAGCAAGAACAGAGUCCACCCUCCUCUGGAUAUUGUGGAGGGACGGAAGUGACAGGGUGUGGCAGUGGAGUGGGGAGCUGGCUUCUGCUGGCCAGGAUGGCUCAACCGUGACUUUGGGCUCUGUCUGCAUCGGUGUUGGCCACUGUCCCCAUUUACAUUUUCCCCACUCUGUCUGCCUGCAUCUCCUCUGUUCCGGGCAGGCCUCGAUGUCACCUCUAGGACUGUGCCUUGCUCACCGAAACCCGCACCCAGGAGUAUGGCUGAGGCCUUGCCCACCCACCUGCCUGAGGAGGGCAGAGUGGAUGGACGGGUUUGGAGGGGAGGGGUGAAGGCUUUGUAAACAGGUUUGGGCAGUGGUGGGGGAGGGGGCCAGAGAGGCCGCUCAGGCUGCCCAGCUCUGUGGCCUCAGGACUCUCUGCCUCACCCACUUCAGCCCUGGGCCACUGGAGACUGAUCCCCUCUGAGUCCUCUGCCCCUGCCAAGGACACUAACCAGCCUGGGAGGGUGGCAGGGAGGAGGGGCGGCUUCACCCUCGGGAGUCCUGGGGUUUUUCCUCCUCCUUCUUCGUGGUUUCUGUUUUGUAAUUUAAGAAGAUCUAUUCAUCACUGUAAUUAUUAUUAUUUUCUACAAUAAAUGGAACCUGUGCACAGGA